GGACCCCUGUGGUCUUUGCCGAUCUCGACGAAGAUAAGCCACAUCAAGAAGUCGCUCCGCAUCGAGGACAGCGACAAACAAAGCUUCGGGCCUCGCCAAAAACUACGUCGGGCCACUCGGUGCCCGCCCGCUCUGGCUCUCGACCAAUUGUCACUCCGACGCCACCAGAUCCUUUGUCUGCUGACGCCCACAGGGCGCAAAAUAAUCGCGCCGAGUCGCAUCUCAUACUUCGAUGACACAGGUCAGUCGACCAUUUCACGGAGCAUUGGCGCUAUGGCACUCAGAACAGCGACAAGACAAAGGCGACCAUUAUUGGUGUCCUGUGCGUCGUCGCGGCCUUGCUUCGGCGAUCAGCUCCUUUCCGCCGAAAGCACACCAGAAGACCCAACCCUUGCACGACGUGAUGCCAAGUCUCACAACAUCAACCCAUCCGUGCUGAUUCUAGAUUCGCACCCUUAUCCCCUUGACCAGCACAAUCUUUGCUUGUCCUCCGAUUGUGUUGCUCCCGCUCGUGCCCUCGCUUCCCCUCAGUUGCCACCAGAAGGCAGCGACGAAAACCCCACAACCUUUCUUGAUGCGCUUGAAUCCGUCUGCGCCCGGUUCGGCCGUGCAGGCCUCGACGGUCCAUGCUGUCGCUGGACGUGAAACGGCGAUUGAUGGCCAGACGAUCUCCGGAUUGAGAGCCCGACCCCGCAGCGAUGCUCAGGUCGUACUCGUCAGCCCACACAAGAUCAGCAUC